AUGCGUAUUUUUGAGGCAGAAAGCCAUCCUUUCAACCAGCCAACCUUGAACACAAUACUAAGUUCGGCCAGGAUGAGGAACCUGAAUAAGCUGAACUUCCCUCCGUUGGGGACAAAGGGCAUGGGAUAUCACAAGUGUGUUCAUGAUGUCCGCCUACAUCUCAAGGCCCAAGGGAUCCUAGCAAUGAUCCAAGAACCUAGCACUGAUGUGCUCACCAAAGUUGCUACUAAUGCUUUGGACGCGAAUAAAGCUAAAGCCAUCAUCAUAAUGGAUGAAUCUCUUCAGUUCGAGUAUUUGAAUAAAGAAGAUCUCAGAAGGUUGUGGGUCUCACUCGAAGAGUGCUUUGGGAAUGUUCGUAACUCCCUACUUCUAGACUUAGAAAUGAGAUGGCAUAAUCUUCGCUUCUGUGACUUCAAGCAUGUACUUGAUUACAAUUCUGAAGCAUUCCACAUCAAAUCUUUAAUGGAGUUCAGUGGUAAAGACAUCACAAAUACUAUGUUGAUUGAGAGGAUUUCUCCACCUUUCUCGUCUCUACAAUGUUAG